AUGGCCCCAAGCGCAUCAAAUACGGCGAAUAACUCGCCCGCGAAGAAGACGUCUGCCCCCGAGAAGAAGUACAAGUGCCAAUUUUGCAACCGCGCCUUUAGUAGGAGUGAGCACCGCAGCCGACACGAGCGAUCGCACACGAAAGAACGCCCUUUCAAGUGUUUGAAGUGUAGAAGCACAUUUGUUCGCAGAGAUCUCCUGCUUCGACAUGACCGAACUGUCCACGCCAAAGAUGGCGGUGUUCCUCUAGUUUCAGAGGGGCGUCGCCGGGGUGGUGGCGGCGUUCGCAAGGCUUCCUCUCCAGCCCCCUCUAAGCCCUCGGUCACGAUUGAUCCUACUACACUGGAGCAAAUCGAGGCAAGCAGCGAUGGUAUGGUCGACCUUGAAACAGCAGCCAUGUUGAUGACAGAUUUCCAACAUAAGGCUGCAGCAGCUGCUACUGGUAAAAUCCAUGAUCGCGCCGAGUCGGACCGGUCCUUUUCCCCCGGACGUGGCUCUCUCCUUGAGCCCCCUGUUUCAUACUUAUCCGGCAAUGCGACCCUGCCUCAAAUGCCUUGGGACUCGUUGGUUUCGCCCACUGAGACCAAGCAUCACAUGGCUUCCCCCUUUGCAACCCAAGAUGCGGCUUCGGACUCCCAUGGACUACCUGUCAUGGACCGACAUGCUGGCGACUCCAUGGCCCCGUCGUUGCACUCUCUGGUCAACUCACUUCCAGUCUCUGGGAACUCUACGCCGAAUGCGCUGUCACCGUAUCCUUCCAUGACCGGCCCUGUUAGCCCCGUCAACUAUCGCAGAUCUCCAGGGCCUAGCCAGGCUCUGACUUUGCCCAAGUCACCUCAGGUUGCUAACGAUCUGGAGCGAAACCAGAUCGUGGAGCGCAUUCGUUUCGCGGACUCGCUCGGUGUGCUUCCGGAAACGUUCAUACUCCCGGAAACACCGGCUUUGAACAAGUACCUCUCGACCUAUUUCAACCUAUAUCAUCACCAUCUUCCCUUCCUGCACCAGGAAUCGUUCAAGCCAACUACUGCCUCCACGCCACUAUUGCUUGCCGUUCUUUCAAUAGGUGCUCUGUACACCUUUGAAAGACAACACGCGUUUAUGCUCCACGUUGGGUCCAAGAUGCUGGUCAACCAGUUUCUCCAGCACAAGGACAACUUUGACUCGAGAAAAUGCCCUCUUUGGGCCAUGCAAAGCACAUUGCUGAACAUGAUCUUUGAGAGUUGGAGUGGUGAUGCAAAGGGUCUUGAGUGGACUUGCUCAAUCAAGAGUCUUCUGGCCAACAUGGUCGCUGGUAACCGUUAUCAACUGAAGCUUCGCACGGAAGCCCGUGAAGGACGUCGCCCAACUAGGGAGGAGUGGAUUGAGGAUGAGUCUUGCCGCCGGACUUACUAUGCCGUAUAUAUCUUCUUUGGCAUGCUCACGCUGACCUUCAACCACACUCCCGCAAUGAGCUUUGAUGAGUUUGAUAACUUGGAGUUGCCCUCAUCUGAAUCAAUGUGGAAUCUCGACGUCACUGACGAUGAGGCGUGGCGCCGAAGCUUGUCUUCUGCCACGUCGAUGACCGUUCGCGACGCUCAUGAUUGCCUCUUUCAGGGCGAGCAGACGCGCUACAGUGCAUUCGCUACCCGUGUUCUGAUUAACGCCCUGUUUUUGCAGGUGUGGAAUCACAAGAGAAGCUUUGAAGCUCUUCAAGACGUAGUCACUGAGUACAAACUCCGCCUCGCUUUGGAAACUUGGGAAAACUCUCUUGAGGUCUGCGAACCCGAAACGAUUGUCGUUCCCCUCAGCACUCCUCAAAAUGGACACCCUCUCAUUUUCAACUCUAUGGCUGUUUACCGUAACACUCGUGCACGCCUUGAGGUUGACCUGAAAUCCAUCCAGGAAGCCAUGCGCUAUCACUCUUCCUACGAAGUUGCGGCUGCAAUGACCGUCGCUCGUGAGAAGGUCAAGCGCUCACAGGAGAUGAACAAGGUUAUCCAGUCUUGCUUCGAAUGCAUUGAAAUCGCCGCAAUUCGAGGAAUCAACUGGGUUGCCAAGACCUCUGCUACCAACUGGAGUGUCGAACACCCGCUUUGCGGUUUGGAUUUGAUGGUGAUUCUCAGCCUCUGGCUUUAUCGCCUGGAACAUGACGAGGAGCCUGCCUCUGAGGCAGAGAUGGCCAUCUACAACAAGGUCCGGAAUUUGUUUGAUGACGAUGCCGUCGACUCAUGUGGUAAACUAAGCUCCACCGUUGCCCGUGUAUGGGGUAAUAUCCUAGACGGUGUGGUGGUUUGGGGAAUUACCAAACUCAUGGGCGAGUCAUUCAAGCUUCACUCCCAGGCCUUGGUUGGUUACGAGGACUCUCUACGAGUUGCAAAGGACCAGCCUAUCCAUGCUGUGCCUACCAAAUCACUCGCAAGCGUUGGCACCGCGUACUAG